AUGGGAUGUGGCUCGUCCAUGCAAGUUAACUCGUUUGAUGAGCUGGAAAUGCAGGUCCACAUGGGAAAAGUUGUUGAGCAGCGGGCCGUGGGAUGCAAGGCGACAAAUGUCACCACACCGCGCCCACAGCAGGUGUCCUCGCAACAUUCGUGCUACAUGCUGCCUCACGCAACUGAGGGUGUAAGUUCCUUCUCUGGGGCCGACACUCCGGGCACUAAGGAUGGCGGCUCCGUCGCGGUCCAUGUCCCGGCGCGCCUCCGAGGGAUCAUCAAAGAGGGGCCCGUUCUCUUGGAGUUUACCGAGCCAUCAGAAGUCGAGAGUUCUUGGAACAUGCCAAGCGUGCGAGAGCGCGCGAAGGAUCUGCCCCAGGGCACCAUUGUCGCCCCGGAUCAGGAGCUCCACAAACAGCAUCUGAAGAAUCUCGACAGAUUUCGAAACUCCGUUUUCAAGGCGCCGAACUGGCUGCAAGACGAAGUCGCGGCCAGGAGAAAGCUGAGUGGAAUGGAGCCGUUGCCAAGAAAUGGACGGUGA